AUGACGUCUGUGAGUUUUUCCUGUGCCAACCAGGGCCGCCAGGGCCGCCAGAUAUACAGGCGCUCAUCGGCUAUAGCCAUCUUUCAGAGAAGCAAGCCUAAUAUCCCGGAUGUCCUCGUCAAGACAGAAGAUAACCCCAUGCCGCUGAACUCGCAACGAGCGCACGAGAUCAUCGACAGGAUGAAGGCCCAGAACCCAGAUCCUUGGGCAUCAGUGUCUCCGGCAUACGAUGGGAGGAAGCUACUCGUCAGCAAUACGUCCAUUCCCGCCCACUCUGCCAAAUUCAUGGCAAACAUGUCUCCGAAAGCCGUGACCGAUCCGAAGAAUACGGGCCUAUUCAUCAUCACCGUCUCUCUGGUGCUAAACGUCGAUGCUGGCUCGUAUGCGCGGCUUGUCAACGGGACGAGUGAAGACGACGUCUCCAAAGCGUUCAUACAAGCCUUGCAGCUAUUGCUUCGGAUGUCUCCCAUUCUUAGCGGUAAUGGAGGCACACCUCAUAAUUCGCGUAGCGUUUUCAUGCCUACUGGCAAGCGGCCUUCUCCGAGCAGCAACGGGAUGUUCGAACUGUGGAAGGGGAUAUUCCAAUCUGUUCGUCCUUCGAUCAACAGACUCGUCGUGAAUGUCGACACAGUUGCUGCUUUCAUUUACACUCCCGGUCUCAAUAUAGCCGAGUUCAUCGGAAGAUCGCUCGGCAUACGUGAGCCACGCGACUUAAAUAGAUUGGUCGAUACCUCGGACGAAUGGCGCAUUGUCAAGACACUCGUCAAGCGCUUGGCUGUCGAAGCCACUGUCCCCCCACGGCAGGACGGCCUGCCUUACCGUCGGCGAACCAUUCGGGACGUUAUCGUGGAUAUCGGCGCAUUUCAGUUCGACUGGGAACGCCCGCAGCAUCCAACAGAACGGAUAUCCGUUAAGGACUACUUCGUAAGAGUACACCAUAAGACCCCAGUGAUCAAACUAGGUCUUCAGUUCGGCUCCAACAGGCGUCCCAUUGUCGUACCCGCCGAGUACUGCAUUAUCGCCAGUGGACAGCUCUUAAAGCGCACCCUCACGCCUGAGCAGAUGAAGGAAAUGCUCGAUUUCACGAAGACUCCUCCCCAACAGCGCCUUAGAUCAAUCCAAGACGCCGUCAAUGGACAGUUUUUGAACUAUGAGCAGUCACAAUAUGUCCAACAGACAGGCCUCGAGAUAUCCAAAACACCUCUCGAGGCGCGUGGGCGCAUGCUCGAACGACCCGUUAUCCGGUUCAAGCAUGGGGACCCAUUAAAACCGCAGGAAGAUACCUCGUGGCGCAUCAUGAAUCAGAAUUUCGUCUUGACCAGGAGGUCUUGUUGGGCUGUUGUUAAUUUCAGCGAUGCUAGGGCCGAGCAAGUUUUAGCCUUUGCUCGUCAGAUCCAGUUACGCUGUGCAGCGCGAGGGAUGGAGGUUGGAGGCCUAGUCCACCCUGUGCUGAGAGGAAACAAUCAAAACCCCCAUCAGGCUCUUGACGAGGCUCUCAUUCAAUAUGGCGCUGUAACGACCCGACGACCCGAGGAGACAACGCCACCGCUUGUUACAGAGAUGAUGAUCCUCGUUGUGCUCCCCAGAUCGAACCGUGGGGGAGAACAACGCAGAGCGGUGAAGUUAUGGGGCGAUUGUCGGAAGGGGGUUGUCACGCAGUGCAUGAAACAAGAGAAGGCGGAGCAGCGAAUUGAUGAGCGGGACCAACGUGGUAUGAAGAACAUUGAUCAGUACUGCAAUAAUAUGGCUCUUAAGAUCAACGCGAAGCUCGGUGGUACGAACUCGCUGCCACGCUCCAAUGCGACUCAAAUGUUACAUGGGGGCUACUUCAUGGUUCUUGGGGCGGAUGUUGGCCAUCCUGGACCCGGAGUGACGGACAGGCCAUCGAUAUGCAGUCUGACGGCAUCUAUGGACGCAGAUGCGACGCGGUAUAUCUCCAGGACUUUCAUCCAGUCACCCCGUCAGGAAACUAUGGAUCCAGAUAAACUGGCACGCAGGGUAUACGACUGUCUCUUGACCUUUGUGAAGACAAACAAGUUCGUUCCCGCCAACUUACUAUUCUAUCGCGAUGGUGUGUCAGAGGGGGAGUUCGAGAGGGUCUCCGAGUUUGAGAUUCCUGCCAUUGACCUGGCGUGGAAGAAGUUCUGGGAGACUCAGUUGGGUCACAUGCAGCAGAAGAACAUUGGGUAUAUCCCUCAGGGAGAGCUUGAGAUAAAGCUCAUCCCUCGAGAGAGGGAAUUCUGUCCUCCGCUCCAGCUCACAUUUGUCGUCGUGGGAAAACGUCACCAUGUCAAGUUCUUCCCCAGUCAAGGCACACCUACUGACAGAAGCGGCAACGUCCGCGGUGGCCUUGUCGUCGAUCGGGACAUAGUAUCACCCACCUCUCUUGACUUUUAUCUUCAAAGCCAUGGGGGACUACUUGGAACGAGUCGCUCGUCGCACUACACGGUAUUGCUGAAUGGUGUCCGCCGGCCAGAUCCCGAUCAUCCGGAAAUGACAGUCGACGACCUUCAGUGUAUCUCGCACUACCUCUGCUACGCUUACGCCAGGGCGACUCGGGCGGUCUCAAUUCCCGCUCCGGUCUAUUAUGCUGAUCUCAUCUGCUCUCGUGCCCGCUUUCACCUCAAUGACAAUGAUCAGGCAUUCUCGGACGGCGGCAGCGGUGCCUUUGAUCAGAAUUACUGGAACGGGAUUUUCCGGGAGGUGCACGAAGAGCAGAGAAACCGCCCCUUCUUUAUGUAG